UAGUCAUUUAUGCUAUCUCACUGUUCGACAUUUUGCUUCUUUUCCAGACACGGACUUCGUGAAUGUGUUCGACAUUUACAGCACUCCCGAGACUCCCGCGGCUCCCUCGAGCAAAAAGAAGGCAAGCAAGAGGCACCUUGGGGAAAGCAGCAAAGCGCCUCAAGCUAAGAAGCCUCGCAAUGCAGGCCCCACGGAGGACGGGCCCUCAACCAAUGCAACUCCACCUUCUCCUCGCGAGCAGCAGACUCCCCCUGCUCCAGCCGGAUCGACUCCACCUCCAGCGGCCCCAACCGACCAGACUUAGUAGGUCGGUCCUGCUUCGACUAGGGGCAACAUAACUAGUAGCGCCUUCAAAUUGGUCAAGGACAGGGUCGCAAAAAUUGUAAAGCACGACCGCUGCCGGGAGGCGAUGGCUGCGACAGAGGCGAUGGACGUCGACCUAAUCUUAAACCGCGCCUUGAACAAGUUUACCAGUGCAAUGCUGACCCUUACUGUCAGCCGUCUCCGCUCAGGUGCUAUUACCGAGCAGGCCAAAUCUUUGGAGCAAUGGCACGCUGAUGAACUCAAAUCUGCCACAGAGAAAUAUGCUAAACAACUUGCAGUGGUGCUUGAGGAGAAGAAUAAACUGGCUGAGGAGUUGAAGAAGAAGCAAAAGUCUCUGGACAAAGCCAUCGAUCAGAGGGAGCAGUUCAAGGAGUCUAACCGCGUCAAUUACCGUGCGACUAAACAUCUCGAGGAGGACUUGGCUGCGAGCAAACAGGAGAAUACAACCUUGGAGGGUCGGAUUGAGGAGCUUGAGAAAGCCAAUGCUAGCAACUUAGAAAGGUACAAGAAUGCCACUCUUCAAUGCUUCUACGAUUUCUAGAAGCACAACCAAGGUGCCAACUUCGAUUACCUUCCUGAGAAUGCAAGAAACGCCGAGCUCGCUCGCUGUGCUGCUCGACUGGCAGAGGAAGAAAGAGCAAGGAUUCCUGCUUCCCCUGAGAUCUCGCUGGCCACUGGGAUAGACGGGGCAGACAAUGAGGCUGCAGACGUCGUCGAUCAGGGCCUUCCUCAAGAUCCUCCGGCUCCUCAAGAUCCUCCGGCUCCUUAGUCUUUUUCUGCUUUUAUCUUUUUAACUACACGACCUACGGGUCGUGAUGUAAAGAC